AUGAACCUUGACAAAGACAAGCACAGACCAUCGAAUGUACGAUUAUCACCCGCACGUCAUCUCGAUAAUCCAGCUACUUUUGAGCGCGUCUCGUUUACUCUCGAGAAAGACGUUGUUGAUACUGAAAAGGAUGAAGUGGUUUAUAGCUCAGCAUCGAACAUAACAAAUGACGAGGGUGAACAAACAUCGGCAAGAGUCAAUGAUAACCUAACGAAUUCUUCGCUCGAAGGAACUACCGACGAUGACGAAGAUGAUCAAUCAGAUGAUGAUGAAGAUGAAGACGAGGAAGAAGAAGAAGAUGAUGAUUCGAUUUUGAAAUUGGAUACAUCCAAAAGUGAUUCAACCAAUGAAAUAUCCAAAACAACGAAUGACAAAAAGGCUUUCGCCGAACGGAAACAUUUCUUAAGCAUUGAUUCUGGUCAUAUACAAUCAGAGUCACCUUCACCUGUUGAUCUUUCACCGUCGUCGACAUCACCGUUAAAUCAGCAGGUGUUGGGAACAACGACGACGACAAAAUCCGACCGGAUCUCAUUCACCUAUUUUCGUCCGCCAUGUCGAAUAUGUGCAGGUUCUACCUACGAUGAAUCAUCAACUGUUGAGAUCAAUAAACAAUACUUCCAUAAAACAUGUUUAAUUUGCUAUUCUUGCGAGAAGCAACUAAAAGAAAGCGAAUAUAAUUAUUACGACAUUGCAUCGAAUGGAACAUACCAGUUUUAUUGUACAUUACAUUUUUGUAAAAGUCGUCUCAAACAAGUUACGACAACGUUAGCAACUGUUGCUCAACAAGAACCUCGUUCAACAAAUAUUUAUCCAAAUGUAGCUCAAUCGUCAUCUGUCAAUGCAAAUAUGCAAUGGAAUCACAAUCUUCGUUUAUAUCCAUCGUUAAAAGAUGCUCUUAGUCAUAAACCACACCCUCUUAAUGUUGUUAAUAUUCCUAACAAUGAAAAGAAACGGCAAAGUAUUGGAUUUGAGCAUAUUAAUCAAGCAGUUGCAAAUGACUCUGACCGGAAAAGUUCGUCGACGAUGAUUCGUAGUCGAACAUUUGAUGAUAAAUUAACAAUUCAUCUAGCUGAUAAUGACGAAAACUUGAGUGUCGAUUCAAAACAGAUCCCGAACGAAUCCAGCAAACAACGAUUCAGACGGCGAGGUCGAAAUCGACCGUCGUCACCUUUGCCGCCAGCGGACUAUCAAAUGACAUUAGCAACGGAUGCGAAAUUGGAAGAAUCGAACCAAAAGAAGAAGAAACUGCUCAGACCACAAUCAAAUUUAAAUCUUUCGUCGACAUCAUCCUUGUCAACAACGACUUCAUCGUCACAAUCGCUAAUUGAUGACGAGAAACAACGACAUGUCGAUGAACGUCGCCAACAACGAGAAGAGCGGCAAAAGGAGUUGGUUCGCUUUCGACGUUCACAAGAAAUUCAACGUGAACUUGAUGAAUUAGAGCAAAAACGUCUGGAAUUAGAAAAACGUCAUUCCAUAGCUCGACAAAAUCUAAAUGCUUGUACACAUAACGAAAUGAAAAAAUCUUACUGGGAAAGAGAAUGUCUAUGCCUAGUUCAUGAAAGAACGACAUUACAACGUCGAGAGGAAGAAUUAACCAUGGCCAAGCGUGGAUUAACACUCGAAAAUGAACGUGCUCGAGCAGAACAUGAAUAUCGGCAACUGAUUAACCUACCUGAUGAAAGAAAAACAAUGAAAGAUAAGGAACGCGAAGACCAACUGAUAAAAACAAUCGCGAAACUAGUCGAAGCUAGAAAUCGUUUAACAACUGACCUCGAUCAAAUGCGAAUACGUCUGCAUGCUAAUCGUCCUCCCACCUCCGGAGCUACAAGAAGACGAAUGCCUACGCCAUGCAUACAAACUUCAUGGCAUUGA